UGCUGAAGAGAAAGGUGGAGCUGAAAGUCAGAGUCUGUCAGGUGGAGGUGGAGGAGGGGGCGGAGUCUGUCCAGCUGCCCUUCAACACCACACAAAACCUGCCUGAAGAUGCUGAAGUGGAGUGGAGACGCGUGCAGUCAGCGCAUCGACAAAGUGCGUGUAGGCUAGCCGCUGCCUUCUGCUCCAGACGGUAUGUUCUGUCCAACAGAGUCGUGCUUUGUCCUCGCCUGAACGGCCACAGUGCUGUUAUGCGAUACUACAGCUCCGACUCAAAGGAUGAGCUGCACGUUAGAUACCUGGACGGAGAAGACAGCGGUAUUGUCGUCGUUGGAAUAAAUCGACCAAAAGCCAAAAAUGCCAUAAACAAAAAUCUUGUGAAAGUGAUGUUUGAAGCUGUGGAGGACAUCAAGAAGAAUAAAAAAGUGCGCAGUGUAAUUUUAUGUAGUUUAGUUCCUGGUAUAUUUUGUGCAGGUGCAGAUCUGAAGGAGAGGGCCAAGAUGCACCAGAGCGAAGUGGGACCAUUUGUAUCCAAAGCAAGAGCCCUCAUUACAGAGCUAGGAAACCUGCCAGUACCAACAAUUGCUGCAAUUGAUGGUGCUGCCUUAGGAGGAGGUUUGGAAAUGGCCCUUGCUUGUGACAUCAGAAUUUCCUCCAAUACUGCCAAAAUGGGACUAGUUGAGACUAAACUUGCAAUUAUUCCUGGAGCAGGUGGUACACAACGUCUCCCUAGGGUGAUUGGCGUCUCUCUAGCCAAGGAGCUCAUCUUUGCUGCACGAGUGGUUGAUGGAACACAGGCGCAACAAAUGGGUCUUGUCAGUCAUUCUGUGGAGCAGAAUAACAGUGGAGAUGCUGCCUACUUGAGGGCUCUGGAGCUUGCACGGGAGAUUAACCCCCAGGGCCCAAUUGCAAUAAGGAUGGCAAAGUUGGCAAUUAACCAGGGGAUAGAGGUGGAUUUAUCUACAGGUCUGGCAAUAGAAGAGGCUUGUUAUUCCCAGGUGAUACCAACCAAAGACCGUUUGGAAGGCUUGUCUGCUUUCAAGGAGAAGAGGCAGCCUCAGUACAAAGGGGAAUGAAGUCAUCGUUCCAGAAUCGAUCAGUUCUGCCUUCAGCUCUGCUACUGUUCCACUGCUUCCAACAUAAAUUAUGGGUCAGACUAAACUUGUCAACACAUUAGCCCUUACAUCAUAGUUGACAGCUGGACCUUAGGGGUCGUUGUGGGCUGGUGUUUCAGGCUAAAGCACUUUCUGACUUUGAUAAUUCUAUUCACAUUUAUUUAUAUAGUGACAAUUUAUGACAGCAGUCACCACAAGGCGCUUUAAAUUGUAAAGUAAAGAAUUUACAACUAAUCACAUUAAGAUUUGGAGAAACAAAGCAAACUAACCCAGCUAAGUUAAAUGUGUCCUGCUGUGUUCAUGUCUGCAUAAAACAGUUUUUGAUUCCCUUUACCAAA